AUGGAUCAUGAGAACAAUGGAACAGUAAUAACUCUAGGUGGACACAUUGAGUUGCAAAAAUACAGAUUUCUCUACUUUUUUUUCUUGCUGGUAAUUUAUGUUUUAAUACUCUGCAGUAAUUCAACCAUCAUUUGCCUCAUUUGGAUUCACAAAAGCUUACAUGAACCCAUGUACAUAUUUAUAGCAGCUUUGUUAGGGAACUCCAUUCUUUACAGCACAAGUCUGUACCCAAAGCUUUUGUUUGACUUUUUAUCAGAGAAACAGAUCACAAGUUAUUCAAACUGUUUGCUUCAGUGUUUCUUUUAUUACUUUUUAAAUGCAUCUGAAUUCCUGUUGUUGACAGCCAUGGCUUAUGACAGGUAUAUAUCCAUAAACAAGCCUCUGCAGUAUGCAGCAAUCAUGGGAAAAACAACAGUGACACUUUUUUUGAGCCUUGCCUGGCUUGUACCUGCCUGUCAGAUUGCAGUACCUGUAGCUUUAAGCGGAAAUACAAAACUCUGUAAUUUUGUUUUAAAGGGAAUCUUCUGCAACAACUCCAUUUAUAAACUCCACUGUGUGAGUUCAGCAGCUCUGUCUGCGUAUGGCGUGAUUUCCUUGAUAAACCUCACAGUGAUCCCAGUUUUAUUCAUACUCUUCACAUACACCAGGAUAUUUAUUUUAGCAUAUCAACGUUGUGGAGAGAUCAGGAAAAAAGCUGCUCAGACCUGCUUACCUCAUCUGCUCAUUUUGUUUAAUUUUACUUUUUUGUUUACAUAUGAUGUUACAAUAGUUAAACUGGAAUCUGAUUUAUCAAAUUCUGUCCGUUUGACUCUGACCUUACAGGUCAUUAUAUUCCAUCCCCUUUUCAAUCCGAUUAUAUACGGCUUGAAGAUGAAAGAAAUUUCUAAAUAUUUGAAGAGGCUCUUUUACCAUGAGAAUGUGACCUAAGAGAGAAUCCUUUCAAAAUAGAUAAACGUUAUUGGGAUGAAAUUUAGGCAUUUCUCACCUGGUCUAAAAGAGAUUCAUAGUGAAGUAACUUUCCUUUUUUAUUUAGUUUUUUUUUUUUUUUUGCUUUUCUUUAAAAAAAAGCUGAACUGAUUUUUAACUGAAGAUGUGCUCUUUAAUGUCAUUUAAACAUAAUGUGAACUUCAAUCCUGUUUUUUUCCUGUUGUUUUUUUGGAGAUUUUGAGUAAGUGAAGAUGAAUGUCAUUAUUUUUUUAACAUCAAUCUUCUGGGCUUGACCUAAUAGUCACCCUGUCCACUUCUAAUUGGUGCAUAAUGGAUUUCCUUCUGUUUUUUAACUUUGAGGCAUGGGCAUGCUUUUUUUUCCCAAAAAAAUCCAGGGAUGCGCGAUAAGGGGCGACAGGUGAAGCAAUGGCACACCUGUCAUCAUACUUACUGGCAGAUGUCAUCCAUACUAAUAAAUGAAAGAAAUAUACCUACUGUUCUGUGCUAUAAAUGCAAUUUAUGUGUAUGAUUCUAAUCUUUUAAAAUAAUUUUUACAAUCAAAGUCACUGUAUUUUGUAUGUUUCCUGUU